AGGAGGGAGUAAGGGGAGGUAAUCUCGGGUAAGGGGUAGUGAGGGCAGUUUCCCCUCAGUGUAGCUCGGGACUCCGGGUAGUGUGGAUGGUGGGGUGUUGCGCUCUGCCCCAGGACUCCCCUCACCCAGCCAGCCUCCUACGUCCCCUCACACACCUACUGUCCUCACUCACCCGAGACAGUCACCUAAUUACCUGGACAGAAGCGACUUACUACAAAGUUACUGUCGGUAAAGUUUAGUAGUGACUUACGAUAACACUUAUUCUGCGAUAUCUGAAGAGAAUUGUGAUAACGAUCUUGGAAGGACACGAAAUAUAAUUCUUGGUCUUGUGGUAUCAAGAUGGAAUUUAUGUAAUUCUUGUUCUUGUCGUGUCAAGAUGGAAUUUUUGUAAUUCUUGGUCUUGUCGUGUCAAGAUGGAAUUUAUUAAUUCUUUGUCUGGUGCCAUGACGGAAUUGAUAUAAUUCUUGGUCUUGUCUUGCCAUGACAGAAUUUAUGAAAUUCUUGGUCUUGUCGUGCUAAAACAGAAUUGGAUUCUCGUCGUCCCAACAGGUGAGGCAUUUUGAAAAUUCUGACAAUCAGAAAUUCUUCAGGAGAGCGACUCAAAUACUGACUCUCCUUAAACUUUACUUUUCGGGACAUAGUCCGUGUGUGAAAGUGCGUGGUUGGUAAAGAGUCUUGUAAGUGGCUGGAAGGGGGGCGACCCUAAUCAAGUGACUGACAGCAACAGCAUCCUUGAACUGGCUAACACAUCCCCAACCCUAUUUGUCACUUCGAACUGAAAGUUUUAGCUAUUUGUCUGCUGACCUCGAAGUAGCGAAGAAUUACACAUGUGCAGCAUCUGGGUAUCUUUAUUUGUAGACGUUUCGCCCAUCCAGUGGCUUUAUCAAUACAGAUUCAAGGUCAUAAUAGGAAGACUGUAGAACUAUGUACCAAAGAUGAGGUAAUUAGUCCCUCUACCUCGGAGUUAGUGAAGAGUAUCGUAGUCUCGAAGCAAUGCUGAGAGAUAAUCAAUUAUAUCGACAGUUAUACACGUAAAAGAGACUAGAUGUAUAUUUCGACUUCCAGCUGAGGCCCUUUUUCAAGAAUAAACUCAGAGAAACUUGACAGUAUCCAAUCGAAAUAAAAAAAAAAAGGGUACCUUUGUUGCCUCUCAGACUGACGGCCACAACCACUAACGUUGGAAAUUAUUGCUCCCACAAAUUCCGGUAAAAGUCACGGAAAUAUUGCCCCGGUAUCGAACCCUGAGAUUGACGAGGAACCAAGCCAAUCCCGCCGUCUCGUCCAACAGCCUCCUCCGUCUCUGUCACGUCCCGUCUAACGGCAUCUUCCGUCUUGCGUAUCGACGUUUCGACCGAUAGCUUCCUCCGUCUCUCCUAGCGACUCCACACUAAGGAUAAGUUGUACCGUAUAUACGCAUUCCAAUGCUCAGUCUGACAGUCUGAUGUACAGUCAGUGAAACGGAAUCACUGGACCGUAGAGUCCUUAGCUACAAAAUGUAAGACCGUAGCAAAUGACAUACAGUCAACUGUACGUAAAGUGAAACACUAACUGGAACUUGCGUUCAUAUACUCACUUAAACGUACAGCUUUACAUUCACUGGAAUGUAAAAUAACAAUCACAGGAACGUACAAUCCUACAGACAGAGGCAGCUACAGUGUGUCAUCACGCUCUACACAGGUGACAGAUAAUUGUGGCUUCCGCUUAUUUGAAACCAAGUCACGUUCAUCGAGGCUAUUUUGGUCCAACCUCAGACCACCUACUGUAUCACGUCCCUUCCGACCUGAAAAUCCUGAGCUCUCAUUGUACCAUUUCACUGCCUACAUGACCUGAAAACAAUUAGUACAUCAGGUCACUACUCACUCAGGAUUGAGUUGAUUUAUCAGCCUUUGCCUCUGCCUAUUUGGAAACACAAUUGUGUUAAAUUAGGCUAGAAAUAAGUUCAUUGCCGUCUUUAUAAUAUAUAUUUCUACAGGUGGAUAAUAUGACCCUAAAUGGGGCACUGAUGGUCAAAUCUCGGACGUAAGGUUGGAGUCAUGUAAGCUGAUUUACAGCAAUGGCGUGCCCGUUCAGCGGCGCCCGCGUGCCUGGCAUGGGUGAGGGCGUGGAAGACGGAAGAAGUGGGCGUCUAAGUGCUUCCGAAAGGCGUGGAUGGGACCGCGGUGCUUCGACUGAGGUUAGCAGCAGAUGUGGGAGUCCUGUGAAGGAGCUUGGCUCAGUGCAGGAGAGGGUCAGCUCCUACACGCGUAUGACACGCUCUCCCUCAGCUCCUGUGGUGGUGGGUCGUAAGAUUUCCGGAGGCUGGUCAAGGAGACGGGAGGGAGGAGUAAGAUCACGGCCCCAAGAUGACGACGACUCUACACCUCUGCUGACUCCAGCACGCGACCCACCCGACCCCAACCUGCCACUAAGUCUUCAGAACUUAACAGAAGCAGUGUGGAGCUUUAUAACCAUUCCAGCGGAUCACCUGCUGCUGGCACUGGACGUGCUCCUGCGUACUGGUGACGUCGAGUGGAAAGCUCUUAGACGGAAGCUGAGCAUCGUAGCGGAGAGCGUGAGGGAGUGGGAUGAUUGGCAUCUUGACGAUCUCCUCAGCACACUCAUCACUCAGCUGGAAGUGUCUCCUGAGGACUUCAUGCGACGUCUGGGACUGGAAUACGUGAGGGAGUGCAAGAAACAACACGGGAAGGCGCUGGAAAGCCUUGGCUUCAACUUGGAAGGUUUUCUCACUAACAUGACGGGUAUCUGCGAUAUUAUUAAGACCAAUUCAAACCUCAAGACGAAAAAUGACGUCCCGAGCCUCCUCUGUAACCGCCAUGACGAGAAAGUCGUCCUCCACUUCUUCACCAAUCGUGAACCAAUAAGGUAUUUCGUAGGGGGUGUGAUUCAAGGAGUAAGUCUCUUAAUCUUCAAUAAAAACAUCUCGGUUACCUGUGAGAAAUGUGAAACGCCAAAUGGCAACCGAUCAAGUCACAGGUUUUACUUCAAGUAUACUGUUGUGGAUGAGCGUGUUGACAGUACCGGGGAACAACGAGUGACCAACGACGCCUCAGUCAACGCUCAGAGCACCGGGACUUACACCUAUGCGUCUUUCCCGGGAUAA